AUGGAGAAUCGGUCUUACUACGGCGGCAUCGGCAGCGGCAGCGGCAGCAAGAACCCGCCGCCGUCUGGGAAGGAGGCGGGGGAUGAGGAGUACGGGGGAGGGUACGACCGGCUGGACGAGGAGGUGGAGUUCCGGCUGCCGAGGGGGCACCGGCCGGUGGAGAACCUGGACACGGAGGGGCUGGAGCAGGCCUCCGUCGACACGCAGCUCGCCUCCUCCAACGUCGGCUUCAGGCUGCUGCAGAAGAUGGGAUGGAAGUCCGGCAAGGGCCUCGGCAAGAACGAGCAAGGUAUACUAGAGCCCAUAAAAGCCGGUAUCAGGGAUGCAAAAUUAGGAGUGGGGAAGCAAGAGCAGGAUGACUUCUUCACAGCUGAGGACAAUGUACAAAGAAAGAGAUUAAAUGUUGAACUUGAGGAGACUGAAGAGCAUAUUAAGAAGCGUGAGGUCACAGCAGAACGUGAGCAGAAAAUCCGCAGUGAGGUUAAGGAGAUACAGAAGACAUUCUUUUGCAGCCUCUGCAAUAAGCAAUACAAGCUGGCAUAUGAAUUUGAGAGUCAUCUAAGCUCAUAUGACCAUAAUCAUAGGAAGAGGUUCAAGGAAAUGAAAGAGAUGCAAAGCAGCAACAGUGGCAACCGUGAUGAUAGGCAGAAACGUGAGCAGCAGCGAGAAGAGAAGGAGCUGGCAAAAUUUGCCCAACUGGCAGAUGCUCAUAGAAAGCAGCAGAAAGAGAAGCAAGAACAGCCAGAUAUCUCAGGAGAGCAAGCUACGCCAAAGAACUUGCUGACCCCGGGCAAUCAGGAUCAGCGUCGAACAUUGAAGUUUGGCUUCUCCAAAAUGACCCCUUCCAAGGCACCUGUUGGCAACAUGAGCAAGAAGCCAAAGAUUGCCACGAAAGUCCCUUCCGUCUUCGGAAACGACAGCGAUGAGGAGGCAUGA